AUGAAGGGCAAGGCGCUUGCCUUUCUUGGAAACUCUUGCUUGAGGAUAGACUUCCCUUCCUUCCAAGUUUGAUUUUCAAGCAAACAAUUCGCUGUCCUCAUAAAUAACUUGCGUGUGGUGUCCUCUCCAAUAAUUCAAUCGAAUUUUAAUUUGAUAUAAUUAAUAAUAAACACAUGAUCACUACUACAACAACUCAAUGACAGAGCAGAUAACGAGAGAUAGAUAAAAAGAGAGGAGAGUUUCGUUUAAAAAAAGGAACUUUUCAUUCAAAGGUAGAAGAAGAAACACAAGCGAAGCGAAAUUAUGUGCGACGGUUGUAGGCCUUUGGGAUUUCUUUUAGGCCUUCCUUUUGCCUUUCUGUCUCUGCUUAUCUCCAUUGUUGGGGUUGCCGUGUGGAUCGUCGGGUUAUUGUUGACAUGUAUAUGCCCCUGUUGUUUGUGUGUGACCGUGAUAGUGGAGCUGGCUCUGGAGUUGAUCAAAGCACCUAUUCAUGUUAUGGAAUGGUUCACUUCUCAAAUACCUUGUUGAUUUAUGAUUUUAAGCAUAGAUAAUUAGAUAGUGAUUAAUUUUCUAUAUCUAGAUUGAGAUUUUUUUUUCUUUCUUAUCUGUUCUUUAUGAUUAUAGAGAGAGUGGAAAAUUUGUGGUAUGGUUCAUGAUUACAAUACUUGAUGUAUAAAUUUUUCGGCACUUCGUUUUCAAUAUGUUUUCUAAUUCCA